AUGACGGUUGCUGUUGGCAGCAAGACGCCUCCUAUCUCCUUCCCCGCCUUUUUGUUCUUUGUUGAAAUUGAAGGGUUAUACUUGACUAUCUCCCUUUUUUGUGACCGCGUUGUUGUUCUAUUCUGCGUUUGUUUGCACAGAUCCCGUGAGUUCAAACUGCAACUACCCGUUCUCCUCCGCGGGUCUUCAUCCACUUCAUCUGCUAACAAGAUGUACUUAGUUGCUGGUCAAAGAGGAUAG